UAUUGGGGGCCAGUUAGGUCAGUCCUAUACCACAUAUUGUUUAUGAAGAUAAUAUUGCAGGGACUAAUGGCAUUCCAGAGACCCAUUGAAGAUAUCAAGAAAUCCUAACAACCGUAUCUUCCAGCUUUUAAUUAUUGCCAUCUCGAUCCCUUACUAAGUAUUAGAGAGAGAUUCCUCAGAAGUAGCUAGCUAGCUAGCUGUUGAAUUGUUUGGAAAUUAUUUUUUGUGAUGUUUCCUUUACAACAAAGUGAUGAUAAUGAGUUGGUAUUUCAGAUUCUGUCAAAUCCUAGCCAACAAGGCAACAUCUCCCAAGAUUUGAUUUUGGAUUAUGCUUCUCUGGAGACAAGUCAUCCCCAAAAUGUUAAAAAUCCAAAGAAAAAGAAGCUACCAAGAAGGGUAUUAGGUAGUAGAAGUAACUCAGAUAAAAAAGAUUCAAUCACUGAUGAGUUCAAGCUUAAAAAAGUUAUGCAUAGAGAUAUGGAGCGUCAGAGAAGGCAAGAAAUGACUAACCUUUACUCUUCUCUCCGAUCUCUCCUUCCUCUUCAGUGUGUCAAGGGCAAACGAUCAGUAUCGGAUCAUAUGCAUGAGGCAGUGAAUUAUAUCAAACAACUGCAGGCAAAUAUGAAUAAGUUAGAAAGAAAGAGAGAAAAGCUGAAAAUGGUUCCCAAGUCAAGUCCACGUGGCAGGGUGGAAGAAGAUAGCUCAGAUGUUAGUUCUAUUAUUGCAUCCCCAGAUUGUGACACAGUGAGUCCAUGCCAUGGUGGUGUAGAGAUUUUAAUCAAUGGUAAUAAUAAUAGAGGGGAAAGUUUACCCCUCUCGAGAAUUCUACAAGAGCUUCUGAAAGAAGGGCUUGAUGUUGUUAGCUGCGUUUCUGCCAAAGUUAAUCAAAACUCACUCCAUAGAAUUCAAUCCGAGGGCUGUGAUGAGAAAUGCAUCAAUCUUCAUUCGCUGCAACGGAAGGUGAUUGAUGUGAUCAACAUUGAUGUAUAGCCAUACGAAUGUGAUGACAUGAUCAGAAAUCAGAAGCAUUGAAUAAUGUCAAGUACUGCAGCUUUGCUUAAUGUGGUCAUCAUAUAUAGGAGUAGUUCAUUCCCUCUCUUGAAAAUUAGGCGAGUUGUCAUUUCCAGGUAAUUAAUGUUUCUGGAACGAUAUGUGAUUAUAGUUAUUUAAUAAAAGAGGUGAGGAAACAUGAUUUUCUGGUUUGUACAUCUAAUGCUUGAUAGCUAAUGAGAGUGGUUGUCUUGUUUUGACCCUACCAUGUUUGACUUGCAAGAGUUCAUUAAUGAUGAAGAACAAAGUAGUAGGCAAUGAGAAAGACAAAAUUAUUGUGCACA